AUGGUGCCAUUUUGCCCCAUGGCUGAAGAUGGUUUGCCAAAAAUUUAUUCUCAUCCUCCAACAGAAAGCAGUAAAACAACAACUGAAGCAACCAUUUUCUUUGGGGCUGACAACACUAUUCCUAAAUCAGAAACAACCAUUACUUCAGAAGGAGACCACAUCACUUCAGUAAAUGACUAUACUCUAGAAAAUGAUCUUUCAACAACAGACAACAAGCUUACGUCUCCAAAGGAAAAAGUAAAAUCAGAAGAUGAUGUUGAGUCCCAUAUUAUGAAGUCAUCAGCCGAUCUGGAGAAAGAAAUUACUACUAUGACAGGCACGACAAACUCCAUAGCUAAUGACUCUAUAACUGAAAAUUUAAUCCUAGUGAAAACUGGUAAUCUUUCACCACCAGGUGCUACUGUUUCUUUAAUAGAUUUUUCCACCAACACGGCAAAAGAAGAUAUUCUCUUGGAUACUACCGACUUAGGGAAUGAAGAGGUCUCAAUAACUUCUGAAGUCUCUGGCACAUUAAAGGAAGGUACCACCAGCAUUGCAGACACUCCUACCCUUCUAGUUAAGAAAGAUGAACCUGAUGUUAACAAUUAUAAUUCCUCGGUUAAAUACAAUGUCACUUCUGAUGAGGCCAUCCAGAUCACCAACUCAUCUACCCCUGAGGUUGAACUCUCUCCUGUUACUGAAAAAAACUUCACUAUUCCAGACAUAAUUGCGCUUACAGAAGAGAAAAUAACUGAAAUUGACUUAAGUCUUCCGGUGGAUGACCCCAGUGCUGUGCCCAAACUAACAGACUCCGAUGAGGAAAAGUUCAUCACUGUGUUUGAACUCACUACCACUGUGGAAAGAAACAAAGAUAACCCAGAAGAUAUUCUGCUGACCGAUGAAGAGUCUAUGGAUGAAGUCAAUGUUUGGAUGGAGAAAGAUAGCACAAAUGAAGCAGACAACCAUCAGGUUUUGCUCACUGCUGUUGAAUCCAGAUAUGACUUUGUAGUCCCGACAUCUGUAGCUACACACCUCACAGAAAAUCCAUCUACUAUGCCAAAAGAUCUGUCUGAAAAUAAUACAAUGGAAUCUGUAACUAAGGACAGUGAGCCACUUUCAGAAACUACCCCUGAUUCAGAUACCCUAAACAAUGAGGAAGAUGCUUUUACAAAUGAAAUGGGUGUCUUUAAGCUACUGAAAGAAGAACCAGAUGAGUUCCUGAUUUGA